ACGGAAGUAAACCAUGACCAAUAACUAUUUCCACGUUAGCGUUUUUCUUGUUGUUAUUUAGACGAUUAUUAACCCCAUGGAAUUCAAAAUAUGACUAACUUUAACUGCACAGCAUCACAUACUUACCCCAUGUAGUCUUUAAUUUGCGUUGGAGACGACUUGGUUGAUAGAUAGUAUAUAGGUGACGCUAGCUAGCUGCUAAGGUUAGCUAUGGCUAACUGUAUGGUUUUCCACACUCAAAUCGCCUCCAUCAUGGAGGUGCUAGCGAAUGCAGCCGUGGCAGAGAUCUGUAAACUCGUAGACGACGACUAUGCAGUGUUUCGUUUGGAAAUAACUCAAAGCCAGAAAGAAAACAGGGCAUUGCGGAGGAAAUUACAGCUACAAGAACUGAAGGUAGCACGGGAGCGCGUCCUCGCCAGUCGUCCCAGUAGUGUCAAGCUCGUCGACCGAUACAGAGGAAUGGCAAGAGGUGAAGGACAUCUCACUGGAGGCCACAGGAGCUUUGUGAAGCCAGCGGGACACAAUACAUGGAGAGUUGACCAACCAAUCACUGUUGAUGAGGGAAGUGGAACCUCAACCCAGCACGUUAUUGUGAUAGAGUCUGCAGAUACAGAGGCUGCAGGUCCUGGAGUCAAGCAGGAGAGGUCUGAAGGAGAGAAGGAUCCACAACACGGCAGCGACAUCCAGACUGGAGCGCCCCAUAUAGUCACGGAGGACCCCACCACCACCCCAGCGCAGCCCAGGGACAUCAGUAGAACGCCGAACGCCGUCCACAAGUCUGAGACAGAGACUUUAACGAGGCUGAGGAGACUGGGCUGUCCUCCUACUCCCCGCUCAGAGUAUUUACUUUACGGUAACCCGAGCCAUCAGGAUUCAGGUGACGCGUUACAGACUGGCAAUGAUCCGACCUGUUCAUACGCUACAGAGACCGAGAUGAUACCUGGUGACGUGCCUGUGGGCUUAGAUACUAAUCCAAUAAGAGGGGACUGGAACCAGUACAGUAGUAGUGUAUACUCUGAAGGGUUCCUAGAUAAGAAAGGGGAUGGUCUGGUUGUAGAUGAGGUGACUGUGAAAGAGGAGGGUGACGAUCCUCUGACAUGGAAUGCAGACCAGACUCACUUAGGAGAAGGACACUCGCAGGGCAACACCAGUGACUUUUUAGACUACAGGGAAAGCUUAGAGCCAAAUCCAAAUAUCGCAACCCACUCCCCUUUACACGCGCUCAGGGAUCGCGACCCAGUGACCACGUUGAUGGCACCUUCCGAUUCGCACGGCCGCAUCCUUUUCGAUCAGGUAUUGAACUCAAACGACAAGGCUAGAGUCCAGGCUGGGGAAGGGGGAGCAACAUCAGGCGGUACUAAAGAGAAACGGUUCUUCUGCAUGUUCUGUAACAAAGGCUUCAACUGCCCCCAGAAGGUGGAGGUCCACCAGAGGGUCCACGUAGGGGUGAAACCCUUCAGCUGUAGCCAGUGUCAAAUGCGCUUCUCCCAGGCUUGGAACCUGAAGAUCCACCAGAGGGUCCACACAGGGGAGAAACCCUACAGCUGUAGCCAGUGUCACAUGAGCUUUGCCCAGACUUGCAACCUUAAGAGGCAUCAGAGGGUCCACACAGGGGAGAAACCCUACAGCUGCCCCCAGUGUGAGAAGAGGUUCUCCCACCAGCACCAACUGAAGAUGCACCUAAAGGUCCACACGGGAGAGAGGGCCCAGUAUUACCCCCCUGAAUCACGGUAACUAGGCUACUCCAAAACUGCCCUCUGUAAAUGAAUGGCUCUGAUGGGCAUUAGAAGCCUGUCAAACUUGCUAAUAGCCUGAUACUCAGCGCUCUAGUUAAAAUUAUAAAGUGUUGCAUUCUGAAAACGCAGGUGUAUUGACCAUGACAUUCAAUUUCAUGUUCCACAUUUUUAUAUUUAAAUAGACUCGCUGCUAUUAUCCGAAACGUCUCAUCCAUCCUCCAAACCUCGCUCUCGCUCUCUCUGGGCUCUGAAUGAGUGGGAGAGGAGAGUAAAAUGCAUUGUGAUUGCAACAUUUCAAAUUGCAAUUGCGAAAAAAUGACAGUUUAAUAGGCCUACUGUUGUGACUGUUGGAGAGAGGAGGGUCUCAGCUUUCUGUAGGUAUUACAUUUACUUCUCAACUCUCAAUAUGGACUGCUGGAGCAGCGUUUUUUAACCAAAGUAUCUGGUAGGCUAUGGCUUUGAGAUAUAGCUUAUAUGGAACGGUGCGCAGGAAGCGCACAUCUGCCAUUUGCAGUGAUUGCGUAAGCCUAUAGACAUCAUUGGGUAUGCUGCGAAGUUUAAGACAUUACAUUAACUGUUAGAUUAAUCAAUUACGCAGCUAACUAGCGGCAUAUUAUAUUUAGCAGUCUAGCUGAUGCAUAAUAGGGGAAUUCUGACCAGAGUUAAGCGCGCGUAAAUGGAACGCAAUUCCCUUAAGUUUGAGAAUAGCAUCUAGAUCUAUUUGACCUAAUAAUCGCUGGAGACGAAUGUGAAACCAGUCAUAUGGCAGUACUGAAGCAUAUCUACAUAUCAACUUUCCCACAGAAAAGUUUAUGAAAUGUUGUGCCAUUUAUGCAGAAUUGAAGUUGUACAGCCUUUUAACUUUCAGAGAGGGGCACUCUCUAAUGUCUUAAUUAUAGGCUACCCUGGCCUUCUGUUUCCUAUUUCUGUCAUGUUAAAUAUUAGCCACUAUCAGUAUCUACAGUCAGUAGGCCUAAUAACCACACAUAUCCAACUGCCAAUUUACUGUUAGUUCCCUUCAUUUGGUAUAGCCUACAUAAUCAUUCCAUUUAAUUACAUUGUUUUGUUUACCUUCAUUUGCUUCCUCUGUAAACACUGUCAUGGCUGUGUGCUUGUUGCUGAGGAUCAUUAGUAACAGUUGGAUCACGUAAAAAUAAAUAAAUAGGCUAAUUAAGUUCAUUAAAGCACUGUUUUCUUACUUUUGUGCGGUUUAUGCGCUCCCAAUCAAUUUUUUUCCACAGGUGCUUAGGGUUCAUGAAAAUGCAGCCUACCUAAAAAUGUCUGUGUCGUUAUUCAAAAUGUUAAUUGUAGGCCUAUGUCCUACCAAGUUGAUUUAUGCACUAUAGAAUGUUUUAAUUAUAUGCCCAGGCUUUUCUCAGUUUAUUUUUUAUUUUUACAGUUUAUAAUGUUAAAUAUUAUCCAUUAAAUCUGGAGCCACUGCCAGUAAUACCCACAUUCAUUUGUAACUGUCACUUUAGUGUUAGUUUCUUUCAAUUUGUAGCCUACAUUUCUCAUCCUUCAUUGCCAUUCUAUUGACCUUUCUUUCCUCUGUCACGUCCUUGUAAAUUGUUCCUGAGUCGCUAGCAUUAGUGGCUCAUAUCAGGCUUACGUUCUGCAAUAAUUUGGGACAUGUAGCCUAAUUAAAUCAUUAUGGAACUGAGACCACACUUAGCAGUUUAAACCUGGUGCACGGUUCAUGAUUACUGGAUCAGUCAUUAGGCUACAAAUCCAUGAUUAGUAAGGGAUAAUGUAUUUAUAGGAAUAUUCUUGAACCCCUAUUGUACAAUUUUCUCACCUUCCAAUAUCUCAUAGAUUGAACUUGAAUAUGGCAACUUUCAGGAUCAAUAUUUUGCGUGUAAAGGCUUUCCAAACCUGUUUUUUUGUGAUUCAUAAAUACUUUCCUUACCCUAAAUAAUCUACAGGAUUGGUGCUGAAACGGAGGUGAAUAUGCAUACAUUUAGAUGGCUUUCUUUCAAUGAUCCCUAAUAUUCUGAACCUGUUCUCUCUAUAUAUUCUAGUGAGUCUGUUGACCAAGUUCUAACUAAAAAGGUACAGCGUAUUUAAAGGGAUGGCUUAAGAUAAAUGUACUGAAAACCCCAUUGAAUGGAAACUCCACGAGAAAAUCUGUUGGCCAGCAAGUGGGAGGGUUUUCAGCAGUUGAAUGAACCGCACCUGCAGAGUGCAUUACGCGACUGAAUAAGGUAACUCUGAAUACCAAAUACUGACACCGACAGCAUCAUUGCGUUUUGGUACAUCAGAAGUACAUUCAUUUCCAAUGGAAUGCUGCGUUUGCCUUGCAGUUUCAGUGCGUUCUGUGUGGUACACACCAAUGUAUACAUCAAAUUGUAUGCUAGACUUCACAGAAAUAGUAGGAAAAGGUGAAUGUUGGAGUUUUGAUGCACACAUCCACCAAACAUGUUGGAUUACGUAUUGAAAAAUGUUUGACUGCUGAAUGUAUUACGCAGCGUUGAUGUAAUUAGCUGUCGGUCUGAUUUGAGGUUUCAGAAGUGCAUAGGAAACUCGUACAUUUCCUAAUUCUGAAUCUGCCCCUUUUGAGUUUCCACUUCAUCAGAUGGUGAAUUAGACCAAAUCCAUUUGUUAUAUGUUUUAUCAAUAAGAUGUCCCUACUGUUGGUGAGUGCAUCUGUCAUUUCAACUGAACAUUGUGGUUACAUUAAUGAAGAAUGAAAUCAAAUAAAUCGUAUUCAUAAUGAAUGAA